AUGAACCUCCCAAUUUCAUCCACAACUUUCACUCUCCUCCCUCCAUUGACAUCUACACUGACGGUUCAAAAAUCAACAACCAGGUGGGCUGCAGCUUUGUUGUUUUCCAGAAUGGAACGGGAGAUCUUUAACCAAAGGAAUCGGUUACAGGACAGCUGCUCUGUUUUCCAAUCUCAGCUGCUUGCCAUCAAGACGGCCAUCGAUUGGUGCUCCGUGAACUUCCACAACACCAACAUUGCACUACACUCUGACAGCAACUCCAUCAUCUCCCUCAUUAGUCACAGAAACCUUCACCCUAUUGCAUAUGCCAUCCACGAAGCUGUCAAAAACUGUAGCAACUCCUUCAGCAUCAACUGGGUCCAUGCCCACCAGGGCAUCAUCGGUAAUGAACGUGCUGACGCCCUGGCUAAAUCUGCUGCCACAGAUCAAACUCUCCCUAUUAUCUACAAAAAGCUCCUUUGGAAUGAUCUACUCAUCACCUGGCAAAAUAAUUGGGACAACAACCAAAACAUCACAUACCAGUUCUUCAAGGACAUCUCUGCAAUCUUCAACUAUAAAUGGAUCACCCCUAACUUCAAGCUCACCCAGUUUCUAACCAACCACGGCCGCUUCCACUCUUACAUCAGUCGAUUUGUGGAUCCAUAUAACAGUGGCCUUUGCACAACAUGCAACACUCAGGACGGCAGCCUCCACUACAUUCUUCACUGUGCAAUGCUGGACUUUGAGAGGACACAACUACAAUUGCUCAUCAGCAGUUGGCAUGGCCAUUGGCCACAAAAUAACCAUGAGUUCCUUAAUGAUUUGAUUAACAACAAGGACACUUACAAUUAA